CAACAAUCUCCUCGUUUCUCGUAAGUGGCGGCUCGGAAUAAUUACCGGACGGCUGAUGCCUUUGGGCCGGUGGCUUUGUGCUGCGAGGCCUGAUAUCUUCUAAUUCUGGAGCCCGGGGACUAAUCUUGUGGUGUGACAGCUGCCGUCCAUGGGGAUGAGGCGCCUGUAAGGAACAUUUACACGUAAAACCAUACAGGAAUCGGACAAGCUGUGCAUGAUCCUACGAGACACCAUGAUGACCUCGCAUCUACUCAUUCUGUGCACCAUCAACUUCUUCAUCACAUUUAAAGGGGGCGCUUGCGCCAGAAAUGUCAAUUUCGAUAAUGUGAGGCCUCACUUGGACCCCACCCCAUUCCCUAACAGCUUCAAAUGCUUUACAUGUGAGAAAUCGACUGACAAUUAUAACUGCAACCGCUGGGCUGAAGACAAGUGGUGUCCUCCGAAUACACAUUACUGUAAAACAGUCCACCACUUCACCAGCCACGGAAAAAGUAAAUCAGUCACGAAGAAGUGUGCGACGAGAGAGGAAUGUCACAACCUGGGGUGUCGUCAUCAUCGGGACUCGAGUCAUACGGAGUGCACUUCCUGCUGUGACGGGAUGAUCUGCAACGUGGACGUGCCCUCAAAUCACACAAACGCGGUAUUGAGCCUCACAAGAUCGCAUCGGAAGUCAGAUGCCCACAGGGUGGUGGCUUUCUCGCCUGCCGUGGCAGCUGCCGUACUCCUUCUGGUGAUCCUCUAGCAUCAUUGGGCUCAUACUGUCACUCAGGAGUCAUGCAGUCAGGAGUCGUUGACUCCUCAGAAGGCGGCGUAUGCCGAUACGAUGGUGAAGUCCUCUCACUGGCAGAACGAUUGGGAGGUAACACUUUGGUCGAAUGACCUCGAACCGACCUUCGAAAGGCGCCGUCUUCGGACAGAAAUUAUUUCCGUGUUUUCAUGGGAAUGUGUUAACCCCUGGGAUUCUGACCCAGGAAAUAUGGACAAUCAGCCAUGUUAUUGUGGUUCCUAUGCAAUCAACUUAUUAUGCACCACGACGAAUGUCUGCCGCAACAUUUCCAGCACGGACCUAGGAGGAUAAAGCGGAGACGGUUAAGCUCCAGCCUAUGUUAUGGCGCAAAAGGGAGUGUACAUGCAGGAGCGAAUGAGGCAUCAAAAUAUGCAAUUUUAGAGAAUUUUGUAUAAUUUAGUGUACGGUAAUUGUGUUUUUUUUUAUUAUAUUUAUUAUGAUGAUUGAUGCCCGUCUUCUAUAGUGCAUCACCUCAUGGUUCUUAUUAUUCCAAUGAUCGAUGUCAUCAGUGGGGUCUCCGUCAUCUAAAAUGUUAAAGGAGCACUCCAGGCAAACUGUAUCAGUCUUAGACCCCAUUCACACAACCGUAUUUUUAGUCCACAUUCGAUCCCCAUUUUUUUGCAGAUUGGAUGCGGACCCUUUCAUUUCAAUGGAUCCGCAAUGCAGUCCACAUCCGUAGGUCUGUUCCGCAGUCCCACAAGAAAGAUGGAACAUGAAAUAUUCCAUUUGGUGAACAAGAAUGGACAUUGUUACAACAGUUCCGCAACACAGAUCUCACAGUUCUCCCUUUAGUGUCUUUGAACCCCGCCAGCUCAUGCCCGGCACUAGAUAUAGCAUAGUGUAUAAUUUUUGUCUAGAGUGCUCCUUUAACUUAGGCUAGUUCCACAUGUCGUCGGCAUGUUUGCUGUGCUGCCGGUGGAACUCCGGCCCGCCCCCAUUAUAGUCAAUGGGGCCGGAGCGGUAGUCCGGGGGCACGCGUGCACUAGCGGCAGUACAGAUCCGACAGGCUGUGUUUUUUUUUUUUAUAUAUAUAUCAGUAAGCAGUAGUGCCUGUAGAAAUGCACUUAUCGGACCCAAAAGGUCAGUGAACAUCAGUGCCCGAUCCCUAACAAUCAUAUGCAUUUUAAUCUGCAUAAUGGGAGAGAGCGGCCCACGCGUUUAUAUCGCCACUUGAUAUCCUGAUGUCAUUUUUUGUUACUAAGGAGCCUUUGUCCUCCCUCCUGGCACCAGGGCCUGGAUUUGACUGCAACCUCUGCACACUUUAUAGCAGAAAUGUGCAAUUUUUGGUUGUCAGGGCAUGUUGGGAGUAGUUGUUUCACAACACCUGGACAGCUACAGGCCACAGACCCCUCACUGUGUAACUCUGCCAUGUCCACUUAAUCCACUUAAUCUACUGUAUAUAGAAUAUUGACCUUACAAAUACAUUGCGUUACUUCUCAUGUACUGAUCUUGAGUAAAGGUGGCCAUGCUUCACGGCCUCGUUGGUCACAUUGCAAAAUUUUGCCUCUUCUUGACCAAGAUGAAACAUGUAUAGCGUGGUAGCCGGAUUCUGCCAAUCAUGUGCCAUUUUGCCCAAGGAGGUGGCAGUCACAUUAAUGUAAAACUGACUCCUGGUCAGCCAGUUUAGGCUACUUUCACAUCUGCUUUUUCCUUUCCGGUUUUAGGAUCCGGCAAAUGAUCUUAAAACCGGAGGAAAAUACUUCAGUUUUGUGACCAUUCAUUGUCAAUAGGGACAAAACUGAACAAACCGGAACGGAGCGCACCGAAAUGCAUCCCAUUCUGGCUUGAUGCGUUCCUGCACCGGACAUGGGAAAAUGAAGAUGCCGGAUCCGACACCAAAAACCAUGUAAGUCAAUGGUGCUGGAUCUGUUUUUUUUUUUUUUUUUUUUUCAGACACGAAAAAACUGGAUCUGGCGCCCAUUGACUUAAAAUGGUUUUAGUGACGGAUCCGGCAUGUUCAUUUUCGAUAUAAUACAACUGGAUCCGUUCUGAACAGAUGCAGCCGGUUGUAUUAUUGCUGUAGUUUUCAGUUCCUAUGCCGGAUCUCAAAAAUGCAUAUGUGAAAGUAGCCUUCGUUGCUGUUGGGAUUGUUCAUACUGAUGCUCCUAUGGAUGAUCGAUCGACUGCAGUCAUUAUCUCAUGGAUAAGGCCAGCGUUUCACCCAGUAUUAUAUUAGUUCAGACCUGUUUUCCGAAUUUUGUUGGUUGCUGGUAGAAACCAUCAACAAGCUUGUGACAAUCAAACCUAAACUUAGCUGUGCUCCUAUGAUGCAUGUGCCCAGAGCAGAGACUGGACUGUGCUCUGUGCAGACAUGGACCCGGCAGCCCUCUGAACCCUGUAGAACUGUGAAUGCAGCUCUGCAGUAUAAUAUAAAUAUAACAUAUAUAUAUAAAAAAUAUAUAAAGCCUGCAGAAUUGUGAAUACAGCUCUUGAGUAAAAUAAAGGGCUUGUGGAAAUUGUGGAAAUAUCUAUUUCUUGCAGAUUUUCUGCACACAAGUGUGUCUCCAGAUCAGUACAAGAUGAGUAACAUAAUGCAAUUGCAAAUAUCACCUUUUUAUGAACAAUAAUCCUUUGUAUAAAAAUGUAAAAGGGUGUUUAAAGGGAACCUGUCGUCUCUACUAUAAUGCCAUCACUGAGGACAGUAUAUUGGAGUGACAGACCUGCACACGGAACGGAGUAACUUCAUUUUUUUUUUGCAGACCCAUUGAAAUGAAUGGUUUCAUAUACGGUCUGCAGAAAAACCGGAAAGAAAAUACCUUCAUGUGCAUGAGCCCUUAUAGAUUGAUUAUUGCCAUUUUAGUGAUUGUACAGUCAUGUCCUUUUGUAGUAAACCCCUCGCAGAGAAGGAGUGGUCUUAUCAACCACAGCAUCCAAUCAGAGUUCAGAUUUAUUUAUCUAAACUCACUUUUGUUAUAUUUUUGUAUAUUUAUUUAUAUGAA